ACACUGACCACGAUGGCGACUGCUGAAACCAUGAUGCCCACUUCGCCCUCGGAUGGCCUGUCGAAGCGAAAGAGAUCGGACUCUCUUGAAGUUUCGGAGCAGCCACCGUCAAGUCGGCGAAGGUCCCUCUCGCCUCCGUCAAGCCGCCUUGUCGAGGUGCCGAAGGUUGUCGACGUUGACCCCGCCCGUCGCGCGGAACGCGAGCGACAGCUAGCAGCCCGCAUAGCUGAGAAGGAGCUGGAGAAGCUGGAGAAGGAGAAAGACGGGAAGAAGGAGCCAGCGUUUGACGCACAGGCCGAAUUCGCAAAACUCACCAGCACGCGUUCUGGAGGCGUGUACAUGCCCCCAGCGCGGCUGCGGGCGAUGCAGGAGGCGGCGUCGAAGGACAAGGCGAGUGCAGAAUACCAGCGGAUCUCGUGGGACGCGCUGCGCAAGUCCAUUACCGGUAUUGUCAACCGAGUCAACGUCGCGAACAUCAAACACGUCGUCCCGGAGCUAUUUCAAGAAAACCUCAUUCGUGGCCGUGGCCUCUUCGCCCGCAGCGUCAUGAAAGCCCAGUCUGCCAGUUUGCCGUUCACCCCGGUCUUCGCGGCUCUGGUGGCAAUCAUCAAUACCAAGUUGCCCCAGGUCGGAGAGCUGGUCUUGACAAGGCUAAUCAGCCAGUUCCGGCGCGCCUUCAAGCGCAAUGACAAAAUCAUCUGCCAUUCUACUACCACGUUCAUUGCCCACCUCGUCAAUCAGGCCGUGGCCCACGAAAUCAUCGCCUUGCAAAUCCUUGUACUCCUUCUGGAGCGCCCGACGGAUGACUCAAUCGAGAUUGCUGUCGGUUUCAUGCGAGAAGUUGGCGCUUUCCUCGCCGAGAACUCACCAAAAGCAAACGCGACGGUGUAUGAGCGCUUCCGUGCUGUCCUGAACGAGGGCUCCAUCAGCCACCGAGUGCAGUACAUGAUCGAAGUGCUCAUGCAGGUGCGCAAGGACAAGUACAAGGACAACCCCAUCAUUCCGGAAGGCUUGGACCUUGUCGAGGAGGACGAGCAAAUCACCCAUCAAAUCCAGCUGGAGGAGGAGCUGCAAGUUCAGGAGGGACUCAACAUCUUCAAGUUCGACGCGACUUUCCUUGAGAACGAGGAGAGGUACAAGCAGAUCAAAGCGGAGAUUCUGGGCGAAGGUUCAUCUGAUGAGGACGAAUCGGGGUCUGAGGAGUCGUCAGACGAGGAGGAAGAGGAUGAGGAAGCUGCGGAAGAGAAGCAAGGCAUCGAGGACAGGACACAAACCAAUCUCAUUAACCUCCGUCGUAUCAUUUACCUCACAAUCAUGAACGCGCUCAACUAUGAAGAGGCGGUACACAAGCUCCUCAAAGUGCAGAUCAAGGAGGGUCAAGAGAUCGAGCUCUGCAAGAUGAUCAUCGAGUGUUGCUCGCAAGAACGCUCUUACUCGACCUUCUAUGGUCUGAUUGGAGAGCGUUUCUGCAGGAUAAACCGCAUCUGGUUCGACUGCUUCGAGCAGGCGUUCCGCGAGUACUACGAGACAAUCCACCGAUACGAGACGAACCGGCUGCGGAAUAUUGCGCGUUUCUUCGGCCAUCUCAUCGCCACGGACGCGGUCUCCUGGAACGUACUCGACUGUAUCAAGUUGACUGAAGACGACACGACGUCCAGUUCCCGUAUCUUCAUCAAGAUUAUGUUCAACGAGGUUACGGAGAGCAUGGGCCUCAAGACGGUCGCGGAACGCUUCAAGGACCCCGAAGUCAAGAUGUCGUGCCGCAGCAUGUUCCCGAUGGACAACCCGAAGGACACUCGCUUCGCGAUCAACUACUUCACUUCCAUCAACCUGGGUGCCAUCACCGAGGAGAUGCGUGAGCAUUUGAAGAACGCUCCCCGCAUCAUCAUGGAACAGCGUCGCGCUAUGCUCGAGGCUGAAUCGUCGUCAUCGGACUCAGACUCGUCCGACUCGGAUUCUGACUCCUCGGACUCGGACUCAUCGUCCGCGUCGGAUUCCUCCGACGACUCUCGUCGAUCGCGACACCGUCGACGCUCGCCUUCGCCGCGCAGGAAGGAGAUCAAGCCUGCCCGCAGCGACUCGCGCACUCCUCCCCGCCGCGAUCGUCGGGGUUCACCCUCGCCCCCUCCGCGGUACCGCGAGAAGUCCCGGGAUCGCGAACGCGACCGAUAUGCGUCUCGCAAGGACUCUCCUCCGCGCCGUCGCGAUUCCCCUCGUCGCCGCGAGCCCUCUCCAGAUCGUCGCGCUCGUGAUCGCGAAUACGCCAAGGACCGCCCGCGCGUGCGUUCCCCUCCCCUCUCCCCGUCGCCCCCGCCUCGCUCUCGUCUCGAACGCCGGUCUCGUUCGCGUUCGUACUCCCCCCCGCGCCGAGGAAAAGAGACGAGACGCGAUGAUUCGCGUGACAGGGAUCUUGAGAGACCGAGAGACGAUCGCAGACGUCGUUCGGUAUCGAGGGAAAGGUAUAGCAGGCGAUGAGUGUGUGCUUUAGGAGGCUGAAUGGAAGGUCUCCUUGCUCUCGUUCAUUCUACUUUGUAUUCCGUGUUCCGUGUUGCGAUAUUUCAUGUAUGCUAUAUUGAUAUGGGUCGCC